UGGAAGUUACCAUUAAGAGGAAUGCUAUGCAGAACCAGUGCUGUUUUGUAAAUGGGGAGUGCUGUCAGAGCCAGAUGUUGUUCUUAUCUGAUUAGAUAAUAACCCGGUCAACAAUGGGUCGUUUUUUGGCGAAUCUGCUCAUACUUCUGCUGAUUUCUAUAGGACACGUGUAUGCAGUUUCCUUCUACGGCAAUGGCUACAUUCACCUGCGAACAAUAGAGAAGUCCGUUCAGACGUUAAUCCACAUACGAUUUCGUACCUCAAGCCAUUCUGGGCUUCUGUUUUUGGCAGCAGGACGCAGAGACUUUUUACUUCUUGAGCUGAUCUCUGGACACCUGCAGGUACGUCUGAACCUGGGCUCAGGUGAGCGUUUUCUAAGUUCGGAAAGGGGCACCCAUCUUAACGAUCUGGCUUGGCACACAGUGGAUCUGAACCACACACACCACAACAUCAACAUGAUUGUAGACCGAACCUCUCACAAUAGUCUCCGAAUGCCAGAACCAGAUUUGGAGCUCAGCAUUGAGGACGGGCUCCUUAUUGGUGGGACACCUGGACUAAACCAUCCUUACCUUCUUAACAUCUCAGCUGGGUUUAGGGGUUGCUUGGAUGAAGUUGUUUUCAAUGAACACAACCUAUUGUCCAGCCUUCAGGUGCAUUCUGAGUAUAAGAGCAUCCACGAGGUAUCCCUGGGUUGUAGUUCACAAUUUUCAGCAACAGAAGAAGAUCCUGUGAGGUUUUCCAGCUCUAAAGCCUUCAUUUCUCUCCCUCAAUGGGAGGUCCUCCAAGAGGGGACAUUUGAGUGUGAACUUCACCCUUCCUCGAAAGAUGAAAAUGGACUUGUGUUGUACAGCUCUGGGAGUAAAGGAGGGUUUGUCUCCAUCGAGAUCAGAGACGGUCACCUUGUGGCCUCGAUAGGAAAUGGAGAGGGUAGUAAAACUGAGCUGCAUUCACUGACACAUGUCUACAGCAAGCAAACCUGGUACCCCAUCCAGCUGCUCCUACUCCCUGAUAGCAUCCAAUUGAAGGUAGGCAAGGAGUUAGUGAAGGCCAGCCUGAGUCAGGAGCUCCAGGCCAUUCAGCUCAAAGGGCCUCUCUUCCUUGGAGGACUGGAUGACGUUGCUCUAGAAAAAGCAAGAAGUACAGGAUUAUCUUCUGUUCCUUCUAAAGAAGGAGGAGGAAGAUCAUUUAAAGGCUGCCUCCAAAAAAUUAGGGUGAACACUCAAAAAACUGGUCUACCUAAUGCUAUGGUCACCAAGGAUGUUACUGUGGGCUGUAACAUAGGCCAAGCUCCAAAGAUAGUGAUAAUUUCCAGUCCAACAGAUGUCCCUGAGUUUGAUGUUACCAGCACACAGAUGAUCAUCAACAACAGGGCCACAAACCUAUUGUUGCUUCGAACACUGGAGGUAGCUGAAGGAGGACAGGUGCUGCUUGAACCAAAACAUAUAAAGGUGAAUCUUGAUUUUCGCAAACUGGGGAUCCAUCCAUCACAUCUAAUGUGCCGCAUCGUUGAGCCUCCUGUUCAUGGUCAGCUGCAUUUGAAUCCCAAUCCAGAUCCAGAUGGGUUUCCUGGGGAAAUGCAGGAGAAGAUCAUCGGAAUAGGGACAGAGGAGAAGGAUCGAACUUUCAGCAUGCUGGACCUGUGGCAGGGUCGGGUUAUGUACGUUCACAGCGGCUCAGAGGACCACAAUGACUUCUUCACAUUUUCAAUCUUCUCUAAUAAUAAGAAUGAGCUGCCUUCAUUUCUGAAAGACAAUCAUCUGCACCAAUUUAAUAUCAGCAUCACGCCGGUUAAUGAUGCUCCUGUUCUUAGCUUGCCACAAGGAAACCUUUUUACUCUGCUGGAGAAGUCCAAACGACAGUUGACAACAGAUAUGCUGAGAGUCUUAGACCCUGACAGCAGUCCUGAGGAUCUUUCUUUAAGUUCAAUGGGGAACCUCAAUUCUGAAGCAGGUUACCUCGAGAACCAAGAUUACCCUGGCAGGCCCAUCAACUUGUUCUCUUUAAAUGAUCUGGGAGAGGGUAAGAUCUUCUUUGUGCACACAGGAGUUUCUGCCUCCAGGCUGGUCCUCAGAGCCAGCGAUGGGCAUAGAGUCAGCAACACAGUAGUUUUAAAGAUCAUGGCACUGACACUUGAAUACAAACUAGUGAAUAAAACUGGACUGGAGGUGAACCAGGGUGAAGCUGCCAUCAUCAGCACCAGUCACCUAGCAGUACGGGUCAAUGUGGCUGAUAGUUCAGUAGAUGUGUGGUAUGAUGUGACAGAGUUGCCACAGUUUGGGGAGAUCCAGAGGUUGCACUCAAGGGGUGAAUGGAAAUCCAGCACCUUUUUCUCACAGAGACUCCUGGAAAAGGAAAGGAUCCGGUAUAUCAGCACCUACCAUGGAAUUCAGACUCAGAUCAACAUUACGGACCAAUUCAAAUGUAAAAUCGUUAUUAAUUCGAUAGCCAAAGAGGAGGUUGUUUUCCCUAUAGAGAUCCGCUGGGUUCAAUUGAAGGUAACGAGAAGCAAGAUGGAAGUGAUUGGCCUUGAGAGUGCUGUCCUCACACCUGAAGACCUUCAUGUGAUUUCUAAAGGUGUUAAAAUCAAUGAGGGUGAUCUUUUCUUCAGAGUCCUGACAGUUCCAAAGAAAGGACGGUUGUUCCUCAACCAAAAGGUUCUGCAAAGGAACUCAACCUUUAGCCAAGAGAACAUCACAGAGGGUUUGGUCAAGUAUGACCUCUUCAACAGACUGCACGAUGACACAAGAGAUUCCUUCAGCUUUCAGGUGUUUUCUGCUCACGCAGCUUCAACACCUUAUGACUUCAGGAUCAACAUCAAAGCAGAGUCGAGUGCUGUAACCAUCGUUAAUAAAGGCCUCUCGAUCCUCGAAGGAGCAAGUAAAGUAAUCACGAAGGACAUUUUGUUCACUCAUACGGCGAGUAACCGGGAGGUUCAUUAUAAUGUAACAGUGAGCCCCAGGCAUGGGCAGUUAAGAAAGAUCAAUCUGUCCAACUCAACUUCCAUUAACGACAACAUAACGACGUUCACCAAUGAGGACCUCACAGAGGAGCGGAUCAUGUACGUUCACGACGACAGCGAGACCAAACAGGAUUACUUCACGUUUCAAAUCGCUGUUUACAAACCACACAAACACACAAGCAAGAAGGAAGAUGGAGAGACUGCAGAGCACACCUUUAACAUCUCAGUGCAGCUCGUCAACGAUCAGAGGCCUGUCAGGGUUGUCGACAAGGUCUUCCACGUGGCCCGUGAUGGACAGAGAUUGGUGACCCUGAAAGAUCUGCGCUACCGUGAUGAUGACUUGGAUUUUGAGGACAGCUGGCUGGUCUACACACGAAGGGGGAUUCCAAUGGGGGAGCUGGUGCUGGCCAGUAAUCCCAGUCACAGGCUGUAUGAGUUCACGCAGCGGGACCUUGAGCAGAACAAGGUGUUGUUUAUCCACAGCGGGGUGAGUUUUGGACGCUUUGUGCUCUUUGUAACAGAUGGGAAACAUUAUGUUUCAGCGCUGCUGGAGGUGAUGGCGCAGGAUCCAUACCUGCAGGUGGAGAACAACACAGGUCUCAUGGUCCAGCAGAGUGGGAUUGCAGCCCUGACUUCUGUUAACCUGAGUGUCAUCAGCAACCUCGACAUUCGGGACCCCCAGGAAGUGACGUUCGAGGUCUACGUUCCUCCUAGACAUGGUGUACUCUGCUUUAAUGAUGGGCUGAAGGAGGCAAUCAUAGGAACUGAUGCCAUUUCAGUUUUCACCCAGAGAGACCUGGUGGCGGGGCGUCUGGCCUAUCACCACAGCGGAGGCCACGAGUUGUUAGAUGUUUUCAAUGUGACGGCGAGAGCGAGAGAAAGAAGCACUGAGAGGCUGACUGAAAGGGGGAGGAGGGAGGUGCAUCUGGAUAUUGGAGUGCCAGUGAAAAUUUACUUAGAGAGUCAUCACAGGCCUCCAACUGUCAAAACCAAUCGUCCAGUCGUGGUGGCUGAGGGACAGAAUACCCCCAUAAGCAGAGAAGAUGUAGAGGUGGUCCAUGAGGACAGUUUACCCUCGGAAAUAGUCUUCAUUGUCCAAAUCCCUCCUACAGUGGGCAUUAUUUAUAGAUUAUCUGGCAAUAUAAAGCAUGAAAAUGCACUUGGAAAGGAGCAGGACCUUCAAAAGGGACUCAAAGAGCAGCCUACAAUCACCUUUACUCAAGAAGAUCUCAACCAAAGAUCAAUCAUUUAUCAGCAGCAGGCUGCAGGUAGCUUCAAUGACUCUAUUCUCUUGGAAGCAACCAAUGGGGUGACAAAGGUUGGGCCUAUCAGGGUGGUGGUUGACAUCAUACCUAUCCUGCUUCCCCUACAGGUGUUGAACUUGACCCUUGAUGAAGGGUCGUCCAUGCCUCUCACAUCCAGCAUUAUUAAGGUUGCCAGUCAUCACUUUUUAGGGUUGAAUUUCCUUUACCAAGUUAUUGUUCCACCAAGGUUUGGACACCUGGAGCACAGCCGUAUCCCGGGGAUGCCUAUCAAUGCUUUUACACACACAGAGGUGGAGCAUGAGUACAUCUCCUAUGUCCAUGAUGGCAGUGAAACACCAAAGGACAACUUCACAAUUGUAGCUAAUCAAACAGAGAUGAAAAAGCACAGCUUGCCGUGCACUGUUCACAUCACAAUCACACCUGUCAAUGACGAGACACCUGUUGUGACCACCAACCAUGGCCUAAAGGUGUGGGUGGGUUCUGUAACAGAAAUAAGCACAAAUGAACUCAGUGCAGAUGAUUCAGAUACUCCACCUGAGGGCCUGGAGUUUGUUGUCACACCACCGAGCAACGGUCACUUGGCCCUGAAGAGCGCCCCGUCCAGACACAUCCUGAACUUUACCCAAAAUUAUAUACAGAGCAGACAGCUGGUGUUUGUGCACAGCGGUCCGUUAUCGGGCGGCUUUCACUUUCAGGUGAAUGAUGGAGUUAACUUUGCUCCUCGGCAGAUCUUCAGCACAACAGCCCACGCUCUGGUCCUGACUUUACAGAAGAACCACCCUAUGGAGGUGUACCCAGGCUCCGUGACUCCGAUCUCAGAGCAGGACCUUCAGGUUGUUUCCAGCAUCAACAGUGAAAUCGGAAGGAACCAGUCCGUGAUUUUUGCUGUGACUGCUCCUCCUAAAUUUGGUCGCCUGGUCAGACGAUUGCCUGAUAACUCUUUCAGAAACAUUUCCACAUUUACACAGAGCAUGGUGAAUGACGGGUUGAUCCUGUAUGAUCAGAACAAGCCAGAGUCAGUUGGGUGGUCGGCUGCAGACUCCUUUUCUUUCACCGUCUCCUCUCCUCCAGCUUUUCUCCCUCCACGCACCUUCACCAUUUUAAUCUCCUACCAAGCCAAUGAACACCUUGGUAUCCCUCAAAAUAGGACUAAACUACUAAACAAUGCAGGUGCAGUGGUGGCUGAAGGAGGCAGAGUGACAAUUGACCGCUCUAAGCUCGAUGCCUCUAACCUGCUGGGAAACCUCCCAGAGUCCCACAGAAAGGACCACCACAUCAUGUACCGAGUGAUUUAUCUGCCCCGACACGGAGCUCUGACCAUACAGGGACACAAUCUCACCAGGAGCCAGCCAGAUUUCUCACAAGCCACCCUGAACAAGUUCGGCAUCAUGUACCUCCACGACGACUCAGAGACGACAAAGGACAGCUUCACUUUUCGAGCCUGGGUGGCUCCUUUGCAUCUUUCCUCUUCCUCCUCUUCAUUAUCCUUGUCUGCCUUUUCUUCUGAUUCCUCCUCUUCCUCUUCUUUUUCCCCUCUCUACUCUGCUUCGUCAUCCUCCUUUCCAGCACUGGGCACUGCGUCUCAUCGCCACCCUGCCAUGGACGGCGUGGCAGUGACAGAGAUGUUCAACAUCACAGUGACACCCGUCAAUGACCACCCACCAUUAAUCAGGAGCAGAGCCCCGAGCAUGAAGGUUGUGGUUGGGGAGAGAGUCAUUCUUGGACCUGACAACCUUCAGGUUGAGGACCACGAUACUCCACCAGAAGAGCUGCACUACCUUGUGAUCAGUAAGCCCAACAAUGGCUACCUAACUUUGGGAGAAAGACCUGAGCCAGUGACCUCUUUCACCCAGUAUGACGUCAACCACGGCCGACUACAUUUUACACAGCAGGGUGAGGUCUCAACUGGAGUUUUCUACUUCAAUGUCACUGAUGGUCAUCACCGUCCGCUCUACAAAUUGUUUAGCUUGGAGGUGGUUAAGCCGUCUGUCUCCAUGGUUAACAACACUGGCCUGUCAUUGGUCCAAGGCCGCACGGCGGUGGUGCUGACAACCAACCAGCUGGCAGCCCAAACCAACGGUCAGAGGCAGGCCAAUAUCUCCUACACAGUCACCAAGCACCCACGUCAUGGGCGCAUUGCUAUAAACGACCAGGAGGUCACCACCUUCUGGCACCAGGACCUCCAGUUUGGUCGGGUUGUCUAUCACAUGACUGAUCUCAGCGAAUCAGAGGACAGCUUCCAGAUCUCAGUGUCAGCCUGGGCUGCUGGUAUUGACUAUGGGAGAGUGACAGGGCAGACAGUGAAUGUUACUGUGAGGCCUCUGAUCUACCUUAGAGAGCCAGUUAGAGUUCCGAGUGGGAUUGCAGUGAAACUGGGCAAAGCUAUGAUUGAUGCCUCUGAGCUGGCCAGAAUCAGCAGGGUCGAUCCAGUCUUUGAGGUUCUCUCUCCGCCAAAACAUGGAAAAUUGGUCAAGAUUAUCUACGACCCAAACCAUGCAUCAGAGGCACUGAGGUCAUUUACAUUCAGAGAUGUCGUGCAGGGCCGAGUUGCUAUUGAAGAGACUCUCAGUGACGCUGACAGCCAGAUUCAUAAAAAUAAAUCCUCACUCACAAAAGCCCGUGGCCACACACCAGCCACGCCACUCAAUGAUUCCUUCACCUUCCUGCUAAAGGCUGGAAACGUCCAGCCAGCAAAGGGCGAGCUUCACUUUACCAUCUUUCCCCACCACCAAAUGCGUCAUGGCACAAGAAGUUUCCACAAGGCGCACGGUGCAAGUCAUGAACGCACAACUACCCAUUUUGGAGCACACAACAGAACGACUCCAAGGGCUGGACAUGAAGAGUCUGUGAUGCAUAGUACGACUGCCGAGAGUUUGCACCCUCACUUUUUGUCAAAUAAUAACCAAAAUAAGACUCAUCGAAAGGUGAAGCCCCACAGCCGCUGGGGGAACCGUACGCGCAGUCAUGGAGGAAGAUCAGGGAGCAGCCCAGAGAUAGCAGUAGAAGGGCACACUCAUGCUCCACAGCUCCACACUCCUCCUGUCCUAGAAAUGCAGGUUCCAAUAAGCCCUCCAAUCCCCGACCUGGUUCAUGUGGAGAUCCUCCCCCGUCCUGCCUCUGAUCCCCUCCUCAUUAUUCUACCACUGCUGACUUGUUUACUUCUCAUUGUAAUCCUUGUGAUUCUGAUUCUGGUUUUUCGCCAUCGCAAAGAGAAACAAGCUCGUCAGCGACUGAUGCACGAACUGGCUGCAGUGCAGCUAUCCACUGAGGAUAGCCCUUACAUGGGCCUGCCAGAGAGAAGUGUGGCCAUGCCCAACGUGCUUGUCACCCAACUUGGCUCUGCAAGCUGCCCCACCUCCCCCAGGGUACCCAUGAGCCCAAGAAGGAGUCUGGCUCCUGGAAUGACCUUCUGGGGGCCGUUUGAAUCUGAUUUAGCCAGUAGGGAUGGAAUAACCAGAGGUCGUAGCAGUAGCGAAAGAGAACAUUUAGGUUGUGGUAAUAUGCCCCAAGUUUCUCCUGCAGGACAUAAAACUUCUUGGAGAUCCCCGUCCCCUACACCAACUCUUAAAGACAGCCAGUACUGGGUUUGAAGGCAAGUCCUUCGUACAUAAACUGUGCCUUAAAGGGUUAUUAAUAGAUGUGUUUGCUUUCUAUGGACCAUGUGUGGCAUUUUGGGCUAAUUUAACUUAUUUUUUAUUAGAAAAUACAAAAUGCAUCUUCCCUCUAAUUUAAGGAGUUUGACUUGAAUUAUUUUGCUAAAUUUAACGCUUAUGAUGAAAAUUGUCAUGGGGCAAGAGUUCCUUGGGUUAAAUGUAGACAAAUAACCAACAAUAAAGAUUAUUAUUGUUUUAUUUUUAAAAUAAUGCCAGACAUUAGAGUUAGACAUAGGGACUAUAUAAAUAAAACUGAAUUGAAUUGAACAUGAAACACAAAAACAUUUUGGCUAGCCUACACUUUAGUUUGGAAAUAAGAGAUAAAUGAACGUCUUACCUUAAAUUUGAUAUGUUCCUUCUUCUAUAUAUCAUUUGUCAGCUGUUAGGUUGUGUUUUACUGUACAUGCCUCUUCAGGUACUGUAAGCUUUAGGUAAGCAACACAAUAUAUUUCAAAAGAACCCAUACCCCAUGAACUUUUGACAUUUUGUUACACUGUAGCUACAAACUUCGAUGUACUUCAUUGGAAUUUUAUGUGAUAGACCAACACGAUAUAAAGGCACAAGUGCAUACUUGCAGUUAGAGUUGCAAGUUGUUUUGGGUAUGUCUCCCCCAGCUUUGCACAUAUACACACUGAUUUAUUUUGUUAAUUCCUGUUUGCAAAAAAAACUAAGACACAAUUAAACUGGAUAGAGAUCAACUAUGAACUGUCAAGUCUUGCCACUGAUUCUCAAUUAGAUUUAAGUUUGGACUUUGACUGGGCCAUUUUAACACCUAAUUAUGUUAUAGUCCAUUCCAUUGUAGCUUUGAGUGUAUGUUUCAUGUUUUUGUCCUUCUGGAAUAUAGACCUCCACCCCAGUCUUGUUUAUUUUUACUUACAUUCAGCAAACACAAGAGGACUACAUAUACUAACUAGGUGACUUCUGAAGGCUAUUGAUUGCACUGGAUUUUUGUUUAGGGGUAUCAGAAUAAAGGGGAAUGUCACAUCCCGUGACUGGUCAAUGGGUAUUAGAGGCUAAUAUAAAUCUAUACAGUGAAAUAAAAAGACAGAUAGACUUUAAAGAUUGAUAAUAUUCUAUUGGGACUCAGAUCAACAUAACAAGCAAAACAUCCCUAAAUGAAAAAUAAAAAUCUAACUUUUCUAACAACAAAGAAAGGAACGUACAAACCUACAAAUUAUCUACCGACAUAAACUUGAGUGCUUGAAUUAAACAAAUGACAGCUCUCCCCUAUAAAACCAAUCUAAUAAAAAUGUACAGGUUACAAAAAGCAUUAAUGUUUUAACAAAUGAGGUAUAUAGCAGUUAAGUGAGUCAAGUCAGAUGUGCAGCUUUACAGUCCCUUUGGUCCUUCAAGCCAAUCAGCUUGAAGAUCUUCAAGCAGCAAUCAGUUACAAAGUAGGAGAAGCCCAGAAAGCAGCAUAGACCAUCUCCAUAUAUUACAAUGGUGGAUAUAUUGGGUUGAAUACAAAUACAUGGCACCCUUUUUUAAAUUUUUAUUCCCACCUACCCCAGGUACACACCUCCACAGGUACUAUUUAGCAAUAACAUCUAACUACAAAGAUUAAUGAGUGGAUCAUGCCGUAUAAGCUGGUGGACUGGAUACAAUAUUUAUAAUGGAUGGCAGACAUUACAUUUACACACAAGUAUACACUUCUGGAAGAUUAAAAAGAGAUUAAAAGCUUUCAUGAACUGCACACCUGUACUGUAUAGGUCUGCUUUCAAAUUCUGGAAUAAAAGCCCUUCUGCUAAAUACAUUGAAGUUUGUGGGUGUAGGGUUAUGAAUACACAUUAAAUAUACAUUAUGCAUACAGUGCCUUGCUCUGUAUGCAUAACGUAUAUUUUGUAUUUUGAACAUCCAUGUUUCAUUUGUCAAGGUUUGUAACCAUUUAGGGCAGUAAAUCGAUGCAUCUGCUUCUGUUUAAUAGAGUAUGAACAAUUUACUCUGAAGGUGGAUGUAGACUUUGUUACUUCUUAAAAUACAUCUACAUUCUUGUCACUUUGGACCCCUUAAAUGUGUGCUCUACAUGCCUGUGUUGUUUUACAAUUUACUGUCCAUAUGUGAAAAUAGUUUUUAAUAAAAUAUGUUUCUUAAAAAUG